AUGGCCGGAGGGUCGAUCCAAGUGCACGCCAUAUCUCGCAUCACUCUUGCACUAUUUGAAGAUUCUGGUUGGUAUCAAGUAGACUACAGCAAAGCCGACGAUAUGACAUUUGGAAAAGGACUUGGAUGUGAUUUCGUUAAGAAAAGCUGCUUGUCAUGGAUGAAAAGUAAAAAGGGACCUCUUCCAUUUUGUACGCGAGAGAGUGAUCUGACGUAUACUGUGUGUGAAGAAGGUCGCCUCAAAAUCAAGACAGCUUACACAGAGUAUGAUACAUGUGAAUCACCAGAACAGCCUGUUCAUAUAGAAAAGGACGUGAGUGGAGUCGGUAUAGUGUCCAUGAAUAUCGUCUGUCCACCAUGCCAAGAAUUGUGCUCAGAUUGCGCACCUGCUAAGCAAAUUGAUAGGAAGGAUAGUGACAGCUCUAAAUCGUCCGAAAACGCGAAUGUUGGCGAGACGAAGAACCCUGAGGAUGAGAAGGAUGGCAACCAGGACGGGAAAGGAGGCGAUGGGUCGAAGGAUCCUGAAGGUGUGGGAAAUAGCGGCAACUCAGAGGCUUCCGAGAAUGAAAACGUUGACAAG